CAGUCCACAGGCAACAGUUUCCUCUUGUAGAGCAUACAGCAAACAGCCAGUUCUAAGCCGAGCCCAAUCUUACAACACACAUUCCAAAUAUGAAGAACGCCGUUGCCAUUUUGCUGUGCGCCGUGAUCGGUCUGGCCUCUGCCGCCGACGAGUACAAACUGCGCACCGCAGAGGACCUGCAGACAGUCCGCAAGGAGUGCGGCGAGACCAGCAAGGUGACUGAGGCGCUGGUGGCCAAGUACAAGACGUUCGAGUAUCCCGAUGAUGAGAUCACCCGCAACUACAUCCAGUGCAUCUUCCACAAGUUCGAUCUGUUCGACGACACCAAGGGAUUCAAGAUCGACAAUCUGGUUGCUCAGCUGGGUCAGGGCAAGGAGGACAAGGCAGCCCUGAAGGCUGAUGUCGAGAAGUGCGCCGACAAGAACGAGCAGAAGUCCAGCGCCAACGCCUGGGCCUACCGUGGCUUCAAGUGCUUCCUGGGCAAGAACCUGCCCCUCGUCCAGGCUGCCGUCCAGAAGAACUAGGACCGUGGGGACACGCCGUCCAAUUCUAGAAUCUAUCAAGGGAGCCAUUCGGGCUCUGCAGUUUCUACAAUUGAAAGAAAAGCCAUAUAAUAAAGUGCUUGAAUGAAAAUGAA